CCACCGUGGACAACACGCUCUGUCGCUCUGUCAGGCUGACAUCGAUUUGUACCAUGGACAAGUGCGAGAGUGCGUGUGUGUGCGCGUAGCUAUGUCGACCGUGACAGCAACCGCGCCGGCCAAAGACAAUAAUGACGAAUCUCCUAAGAAUCUGGCUGAUGUGGCAGUCAACCAGGAAGAAAGGAAGGAUGGAGGACACAAGAGUCACGUGAUCAGGAUCCCUCUGCCUGAACUGACCAAUGUGGAAGUGGUAACGCAAUGGAUGUCCGACAACAUUCUCCUGGUCCUCACCAUCGGAGGAGUCCUCCUCGGACUGUUCUUCGGGUUCGUCGGACGACUCGCCAAUUUCUCCGACGGGACGAUCCUCCUCGUCUCCUUCCCAGGAGAGAUCCUGAUGAGGCUGCUCAAGAUGUUCAUCCUUCCUCUCAUCAUAUCUUCGCUCAUAGCUGGUAUGGCACAGCUAGAUGCCAGGUCCUCAGGUCGUAUGGGUAUGAGAGCCAUGGUGUACUACCUGACCACCACCAUCCUAGCAGCUAUCGUGGGUAUCAUCAUGGUCCUGACCAUACACCCGGGCGACCCUCACAUCAAAGAGCACAUAGACUCCAAGCCAGACGACACCAAGGUUUCGACACUCGACGCCAUAUUGGAUAUCAUCAGAAACAUGUUUCCUGACAAUCUAGUUCAAGCCUGUUUCCAGCAAGUUUCCACGACAUACAAAAAGGUGAAACCUCUAGUUAUAACCAGUUCAAACCACUCGGAUCUGAAACCGGUGGAAGAGUUCAUUUUGAAACCCACCUUAGUCUACAAGGAUGGUACUAACGUUAUGGGUAUGAUCGUUUUCUGUCUGGCAUUUGGACUGCUCGCAGGUCAGAUGGGCGAGAAGGGGAAACUGAUGGUGCAAUUCUUCGUGGUUCUCAAUGAAAUCGUCAUGAAGCUUGUUGGUGUAGUUAUGUGGUACGCUCCAUUUGGGAUCAUGUGCUUGAUUGCGGGAAAGAUCAUGGGCAUCGACAACUUGGCCUCCACUGCCAAACAGCUGGGAAUGUACAUGGUCACAGUCAUCAUCGGACUGCUUAUCCAUGCCGUCAUCACGCUGCCCGUCAUCUACUUCAUGCUGACUCGGAAGAAUCCCGCAACAUUCUUCCGGGGAAUGCUACAAGCCUGGGUGACCGCCCUGGGUACUGCGAGUAGUGCGGCAACUCUACCGAUCACUUUCCAAUGUCUGGAGGAGAACAACAAGAUAGACCCUCGAGUGACGAGGUUUGUGGUGGCAGUGGGAGCUACAGUCAACAUGGACGGGACUGCACUCUAUGAGGCUGUGGCAGCCAUCUUCAUAGCUCAGAUGAACGGCAUUCACCUCGGUCUGGGUGACGUCAUCACAGUCAGCCUGACAGCCACACUGGCGAGUAUAGGAGCCGCAUCUAUCCCCAGUGCUGCACUUAUAACUAUGUUGUUGGUCCUCACGGCUCUUGGACUUCCGACCUCCGACGUCUCUCUACUGUUUGCUGUCGACUGGCUCUUAGAUCGAAUCCGGACCUCCAUUAACGUCCUUGGCGACGGGUACGGAGCUGGAAUUGUGUAUCAUUUGUCUAAAGACGAACUGGACAAAAUGGAUGCUGAGAGAGUGCUGGAGAUAAACGAAUCGAAACAUGGACAAGAAAUUGUUCUGGACGAGAACUUCGUCAAAUCACAUGGAAAUCCUUCGAGCUGUUCGGAAACCCAGAUGUGAGAAAGCUAUGUUGUGACACAUCUGGUCCAUUAAAACAACAAAUACUGGAGUAACACUUAGAACUUGAUUCUAGGACGAUUCUGACUGAUGGAACAGUAUCCCGAUUUUGUCUCAAAACUUGGAAUGUAUCCGAAAUAUGGUAUUGAUAUUUUAUACACAGUUCGGUUCAAAUAGGUUUUAUUAGUAAAUGUGUCAGUAUUUGUAAUUUUUUAGUCAAUGUGAUAUUCAAAGUGUUCAUACGUCAACAAUGAGCUUCUUAAUGUUUAACAUAUUCAGUAAUUACUUACUGAUAUAGUCAACAUGAAAUAGUAACCGAUUAGAGAAAAUAUUUCACUAGCGUCAUAUCAUGCUAUCCAUGUUUGUGAUUUAGUGUGGUCCUCAUAUCUUUGUGAUGUGGAAAAUUUAAUUCAUACAAAUAAAUUUAAGUACCUGCUCUGUAGAUAAACUUUACCACUCUUUGUGUGUUAUGGUUUAAUAUGUAUCUUCAUCCCUACAUAUCAUUCAUAGUAAAAUCCUCCCAACAAAAGAUUAUCUAUAUCUUCCUAAAUGUGACAAUAAUUUAGAAUAGUGUUGAAUGGCAUUUAUUUUAUAAUAAUAUUGAAGAUUAGUACAUCAAAUAGCAUUUAUAAAUGGUUAUUUUAUUGUUUUUCCCACUAGUUAGGUUUACAGGUGAACUGUCAUUCCUCAAAAUUAAUAGUAUUUAAAAAUAAUUAAAUGCAAAUAAAUUGAGAGUUGAGAGAAGAAAAAAUCCAAGUAAAUUAAGUUUAUAAAUUGAAAACUGGAAAUGUUUUUUUGUGCUUUAGGUAUACAAAAUAAAUUGCACAGAAUUACUUUCAAAAAAAGUAAAAGUACCAAGAAAACAGUUAGGCUACAAAUUAGAGUACAUUAAAUUUUUUUAUCAAAAUAGACUGAAGAGUUCUUGGCUUUCAUAUUUAGUUAAAAUAGAAACAUUUUUGUAUAAAUUUACCACCAAGUAUGUUUAAAAUCACAAAAUAAAACAAUUAUUUUAAUAUUGGGCACCAGAGUUUUUAAACUACUGUGAUAUAGGCUAGGUGUUCUGGAUAAAAAAAGUUAUUCAGUUGUUAUUUAGCAUCCUCAAACCGAUUAGAGACUUGAAAUCUUGACACAAUGUGUCGCACUGCAUAACCAAUCAAAAUUUAACUAAAUAACAAUUGUUCGCUUAAAUAUAUUCAUUAAGAUUUCAAUUGUUUAACUAUUUUUCACUAAUAUUAUUUCCAUCAAGGAAAUAAAAAUAACAAAAAGUACCUUUUACAGUUAAAUUUAAAAGUAACUGCCUUCAAAUGCAUUUACAUUUUGGAAAUUCUAGAUCAAAAGUAGCGAUAUUUUGGAUAAAUGUACUGUAGAAGUUAGCAAAGAGCAAUAGGCUACAUAUGUUGAAAAACGACCAAUCGAUUCUGACAUGAUGUUCAUACAUUUUUGGAAACAAUUUGUGUAAUACGAAGUACCCUUUGAUAAUAUAUUCUUAUCUGCAUGGUUUAUACAAUCUUACUCCCCUUAUUACCCAUAUAUUUAAUAAUGUAGUUUUAUUGUACAUUUCAAUAUACGUACUACUCUAAAAAUAAUCAAACUAUAACUUUAUGUUAUAUAUAAUCAAGUGUGUUAAACACACAAUAUUUUACUCGAUGUUAGAAUAGAAAAUAUUGUUACCACAUUCAAAUAUAUUUAUUGUUACCUACUUACGAUUAUAACUGCACCCACCUUAUUAUGUGAUGUUCUAAUUUUGCGCUCUAAUAUUUAAGAUCGAUUGUGUGAUUGUUAGGUUAAUUAGUACUUGUUUUAUAUCAUGUUAUUGAUUUAAAGUUUAAGAAGUAAUGUUUAAUUUAUGUAUCUUAUUUAUAUAUAGAUUUAAUUUAUUACUUGUUAUAACUAAUAGUACAUAGUUUAAGUUUGUACCUUAAUUGUUUAGGAUAGGUCUUGGUUGUCUCAUGUGAUUGCAUUUUUUUCAAUAAACUCUUCUUAAAUGUG